CCACGUUCUCAUCGGGAAACUGGGAGCAACAAAAGUCAGGGGGAGGGGGGCAGAAGAGAACCUCAGAGGAGCUUUAAAGGAGAAGUCUGGAUUCCUCCAGCUUCAGCCUUGUUUUUUGAGCGCUCAGAAUCCUUUGACGCUGGCUUCUCCUCUUCAUCAUGAUCCAGUCCUCCUACUCUGUGAUCGGACUCCUCCUCCUUCUAGCUGGCAUCACAGCAGCAGGUCCUGAAUCUGACCUGCAGCCUCGUGCGGUGCGUUCAAGUGUCUGUCAAGAACACAUAGAUCUUCACAGCCGCAUGGAUGCAGUGGAGAAGAGGAUCGAGAGCACAGUGGAGAAUCUGGAGGCAGAGCUGGCUGCUCUCCUGGACGCCGUCCAAGACUCACAGUGGAGCCCCCUGCUGGACAAAACAGGACAGACAGUGGUGGACAUCCUGCAGGAUCCAGAGCAGAGGAGCCGAUCCUGAACGAAGAAGGCUGAACCUGAGCAUCUACUUCUACAGAAAGUUUGUCAAUAAAAUGAGCCUCUUUGAACAAA